AUGGAAGUUAAGAAGCAAAUAUGGGGUGUGGUUCCAUUUUUGGCGAUGGUGAGCUUGGAAGGCUGCACCAUUGCAUUAACCAUAAUGGCCAAAACAGCCAUUACUUAUGGAAUGACCACUUUUGUAUUUGUUGUGUACACAAACGCUGUUGCUUCCAUUGUUCUUCUUCCUUAUUCCUUUAUCUUUCAUUACAAUGAGAGGACGGAGUUUCAACAAUCUUUGUUCUCCUUUCCUCUUUUCCUCCGAGUCUUUCUCUUGGGUUUAAUAGGGAUAUGUGUAUCUCAAAACCUAGCAUUUUUGGGACUAAGCUACAGCUCUCCUAUUGUUGUGUGCGCAAUGGGUCUUAUGCUUCCGGCCAUUUCCUUCGUACUUUCGAUCAUUCUCGGGAGGACAAAAAUCAACUGGAAAAGCCCCAGCUUCAUUACCAAAGUAGUAGGGACAAUGAUAUCAGUUUUAGGAGCAACAUCAGAGGAGCUUUACAUAGGCCCAGCAGUGCGUCAACAUCCAUCCUCCUCUUCACAUUUACAAUUCAAACACAAGCUUCUAGUCUUCACCUCCACAACAGAUCGCUGGAUCAUGGGUGGCCUCUUACUAGCAGCUGCUUCCUUAUGCGUCUCAAUAUGGAACAUCAUUCAGCUGGGAGUAAUAAAACAAUACCCUCAAGUCAUGAAAGUUGCCUCCUUUUAUAGUUUGGUGGGCACCUUACUCUCUGCAGCAGUGGGCUUCUUUGUAGUCAACGAUUCAAGCGCAUGGACAAUCAAAUCCAGCUUCGACCUCUUUCUCAUUAUUGCAACAGGAAUUUUCAGCAGUUUGAUUCGAAACCGAGUGCAAAUAUGGUGCAUGCAAAUGAAAGGGCCAUAUUACGUGCCCAUGUUCAAGCCUUUUGGCAUUCUUUUUGCUACCUUCUUUGGCGUCACCUUCUUUGGAGACACUUUUCACUAUGGAAGUGUGAUGGCAGCAUUUAUAGCUGGAAUGGGAUAUUUGACAGUAAUGUGGGGGCAAAUCAUCGAAGAUAAUGGAGUGGGUGAAGACAAAGAUGACAAGAAUAAUGACCAUUUGUCUUCUGCCAAACUUCCACUUCUGGACGAAGAAUCAAAAGUGUAA